CUCCAGCGCCUGAGCAGAGGCACACCGAGUCCUUACCGGAGACGGGAAUCGCGGGGUAAUCAAGAAGGCAGGCGGUAAACCAUCCCGGGCUAUAACGAUGGAACCGUAAAAAUAAAUACAGAAGGGGGAACAGGCUGGCUGUCACUGCAGAGUGAUAGAGAGACACGGAGAAAGACGAGAGGAGGAGAGAGGAGUCUGCCUCCAUGUCUGCUCCUGUCCCUUCCAGUCGGAGAUCUGCGUCUGGCUCACGCAGAUUCAACCCUCUGACUCCUCUGCAGCCCAAACGCCGCUUGCAGCAAAUGCCGUCGUCGUCCUCCUCGCCCGUACCCGUACCGCUACCCACGCGCCCUGCGUUUGACUACUGCAGGUUUAUAGAGCUAGACCACAUUCCAAUGGAGACAGGCUUUAUGGUUUCAAUGCGCCCAACGGAUCGAGGAUAUCUCACUACCAAGUCUCCGGAGCGGCACUGUCGACGGACAGCUGCCCCAGUCAGCAACAGAGAUCCCCAUGGCAACGCCUCUCUCAGCAGCAGCAGCACUAACUCUGGCUCCUGCAAGGGCAGUGACUGCAGCCCCACCAAGGGGCGUCAUAUGAAGGCAUACACCUCGUGUAAAGACAACCAUGGCAUCCGCCCCCCUCCCCCAGAGCAGUACCUCACACCCCUGCAGCAGAAAGAGGUGUGUAUCAGACACCUGCGGGCCCGCCUCAAGGAAACCGUCGACAGGCUGCAGGACAGGGACUCUGAGAUCGAUGAGUUGAGGACCCAGUUGUCUCGUAUGCAGGAGGACUGGGUUGAAGAGGAGUGUCACCGCGUGGAGGCCCAGCUGGCUCUGAAGGAGGCACGCAGGGAGAUCCAGCAGCUCAAGGAAGUGGUGGACGUGGUGCGCACCAACCUCAGCUCCAGCGACUCCACCGACACCGGCGUCCAGAAAUACUUCCAGGACAUCAACGUCCAGAACCACAAGCUGGAGACCCUGCUGCUCAGCAUGGAGCUGGCUCAGAACGGGGUGGCCAAGGAGCAGGAGGCUGCUGCUGCAGCACGAGGAGCGGCAGGGUGGGCUGGGAGGCCUGGGACUGCAGGGUCAUGGCCUGGAAGUAGUCCCGCUGCAUCAGGGACUGGAUGGGGUGGUUCCAAGAGUCUGUGUGGGUCUUGUGACGGCUCCCCCGCCCGCUCUCUGCCCCGUAGCUUCACCUACACCAAGCUGAGCGACCAUGCGCUGGCGGAUAAGAACGGGAACAGCGUUUUAGGGGAGGAGAACCAUGACAGUGGCUUUGUGUGCUGUGGGGAGAGUCACAGUGCAGCCAGCAGUCAUAGUCACAGUCGCAGUGCAGCCAGCAGUCACAGGGCAGAUCUGCUUCUGGAGGCAGCCUUCCUGUCUGAGGAGACAGCCUCUCUGCUCAGCACCUACUCCCUCCUGCCACACUUCUCCACCUACGACAAGCUGUGCCCCGGGAAGGACAGGGUGGCGCCCCUUCGCUGUGCCAUGGGUGGGGCGGGCAGCGCCAGCCACCCCUGUCUGUCCCACCACCUUUACCUGCACCACCCCAGGGAGCAGGCCGUCCAGACAGAGAGCUGCCCCGUCCCCGGGGUGGUGGGCUACGCCUCUGACCUGGACACCAUUGCAGAGCGCACAUUCCGCUCUCAGGCCUGCAGCCCCACCUCCACCUGGGUCUCAGACGAGGGAGACGACCUGGACUCGGUUACCCCAACAACCCUCACAGCUACAACAGAGCCCGGUCCUGUCCCUCCGUUACCCAGCUCUUCCUGCCUCUCAGUUGAUAUGCCCUCCCUCUCAGUGGAGGAGGAUGUGGAGGUGGUGGGGGAGUUGGAGAGGCAGACAGCGGUAGAGGGGGAGAGUGCCGGGGUGAUGGUAGAGGCAGGCAAGCAGAAGGAGCAUGGGCGAUUGGUACAAUUGUGUGAGCAUGAGGAGGUAAAGGGCCUGGGGUUGCUGGGGGAAGGAAAGCAGGAGGAGGUAAAGGGCCUGGGGUUGCUGGGGGAAGGAAAGCAGGAGGAGGUAAAGGGCCUGGGGUUGCUGGGGGAAGGAAAGCAGGAGGAGGUAAAGGAGUUAGAUGUAGAUAGUCAGAGGGAGGAAGUGGAGGUGAGGAAUCAGGGAGAUUUGGAGGAGGAGGUGAGAUCAGUGGAGGAACGGCCCCACACCUCCCAGCCCAGCAGAAGUUUGUUACAACAGGAGGAGAUCGCUGGGGUGACUGUGGUAGAGGUUGAUGAUGAUGAAGAUCAGGCUCAGGGAGCAGAAGGGGGAGAAGAGGAGUCUACCUCGUCUGGGUCUGGACCAGCAGUGAAGAGCUACUGGAGCCGCCACUUCCUGGUUGACCUGCUGGCGGUGGCGGUACCCGUGGUGCCCACGGUGGCAUGGCUGUGCCGGGGGCCGCGGGGCGAUGCCCUGCCCAUUUACCACUUCGGCUCCCUGCUACGUGGCUGCUGCACCGUGGCCCUCAGCUCCCUGCGCAGGGCCGGGGGUGUUAGGCACUACCCCGCAGGCACAGGUGGGGGAGCCAUGGGAGGCACAGAGAUCUGAGACAGGCCCCAUGACACCCUGGGAGCUGCACACACACAACCCUGCCCUCUCUGGUCCUGGGUCGUCCUCCACCUGAUGUACUGGGUAAAGGAAUGAGUGGAGGAAUGAUUCUGAAGACAGGACAGCCUCCUAGCAAACCGUAUAACUCUCUCCUUUGAGCCUUGCUCCUGGUGACCUCUUCCACCUCCUCUGCUGGACUGAGAAGAGACACCGGGAUGUGCUGAAGUGACACUGAAUGGUAGAACUGAAUGAUUGAAUGGACACUGAAUGACCGGAGGGUGUGAUUGAUGCUGAUUGUAACUCCUCUCUCUAGUGUGCAGGGAGACUGAACGGUCUGUCAGUCUCUGUGAGUCUCUUCAUUGGUCCAGUUCAAUUUUGACUCGUGGUGUGUAAGUAUAUGUGCACACAAGGUGUGUGUGAGUGUGUUGCGUGUGUGUUCUUCUCUGUUGUGUCGAUGUGUAGCCAAAGCACCUGGAUGUCUGAAGGCAAUCACAGCCAUAGCUGUGCAGUAGUUGGUCUGCUCAUUUUGGAGUGAAUGAUGGGACAUAUGGCCUUUCCCCCUAAAGGUACCAGGCAAGCUGCUGCUGUACAUUUCUGCUUCCUGUCACUGGUGUCCUAGAUUAACAAUCACUCUUGUAGCAUUCAGUCCAUGUCCACGGUCCAAGAGUUAGUCAUUCCAGACCCAUGAACCGGAAACAUCUUAAGAAGGAAUCAUUUAUAGAGAUAAAAGAAUUCAAACAAAGUUUAUUGUUCUGUUAAAAAUAGGGGGGGGGGGAGUAUUAUGGAUUUGGUGUGAGGAUUGUCACGGUAAUCUGUUGUUAUUUGUAAUCUGUUGUUAUUUGAAUGUUUGCAUUGAAAUCAAAUUAUGACUGAGUUGGCAGGAUUUUAGUGUCUUGUUAUUUUGGGCUGUAAUGAAUGUAAAGUCGUUGAGAUGUAAUAUAACUGAAAGGCUGAGCAAGCAGACGCUGUACUUAGUCUUUGCUAGGGACUAAUGAGCUAACUGAUGUCCUAUAAGAUUGUGAUGCAACCAGCAAGAACAGUCCUUUGAGUUGAAGUUCAGAGAGGAAACAGGGACAGGUCUUUAGUCAUCCAUUCGCCAUUUUGUUCUGCACUAUUAUUCACUUUAUGAAGUUAAGCAAUUCCCUUUUCCCCAAUUGCUUGAAGUCAAGUUUGUGUUUCCAAAGUCUAAUACGUCUACGGUUUCCAUGGUAACCAACUUGGUAGUUACAGUGUUGUCUCAUCGCUGCAACUCCCGCACCGACUCAGAAGAGGCGAAGGUUGAGAUUCGUGUGUCCUCGGAAACACAACCCAACCAAGCCGCACUGCUUCUUGACACAAUGCCCACUUAACCCAGACUUAACCCAAUGUGUCAGCGUGCGCUGCACCCGACCCACCACAGGAGUCGCUAGUGCGCGAUGGGACAAGGACAUCCCUGCCGGCCAAACCCUCACCUAACCCAGACCAAUUGUAAGCCGCCCCGUGGGUCUCCCGGGUCGCGAACCCAGAAUCUCUAGCCUUAGACCACUGCGCCACACCUUAUGUCUGCAGUUUUUCUUCAGAGUUGUCGUUGUUGUUUUGUGCAAUAUCAUUUUGAUAUUCCAUAACUAUUCAAUAACUGUAUUAUGGGAAUACGUUUCCAAAGCUAAAGUGAAAUAAUCAACUGUAACCAAGAAACAUUGAAUUUGAAUUUAGAUUGUAGCAUAGUUGAAGAUCCUGACCAUUACAGGCCAUUUACCUCUGAAUGCUGAAAAACAUUUGCCUUCCAUGACUUUCUUUCUUGUACACAAUAGUUUGCUUUCUGUAAGGUGCUGGAUGUGCGUUUGUGUUGUUGCUCUGUAAUUCCUGUUCAUUUUCUUCUGCUUGACAAUCCCUCCUCUGCGUGGUUUUGCUUAUUUAACCUCUUCGCUACGACCUCCGGCACUUAUGAGUAGUAAAAUCACAAGCAGCAAUGACAAAAUAGAUUGUCUGGUGAAUGGAUGAACUGCUUGAAGGCCUCUUUACACACGUUUCACUGUUGUCGUGUGCUUUCCACUGUUGGGAUUUGGAAUAUGACUCGAUAUUCUGUGUUGCUAUAGUUUCUCCCCCUUCAUGUAUCAUCAUCAUUACCUAUGAAUGCCCCCCCCCCCGUCAUUUGUGAGGCCUGCUUGGUAAAGGCCUCUAAAUGUUUCUGUAAAAGCCAUAGGUGUUUGAGAAUAUCUCUAGCAGAAUCCCAAUCAUGAAAGUAUAGUGUGAGUGAGAAUCAUAUCGAUAUGCGUUUUAUAGACUGACUCAGCUGAAGUCUCCCCGACAGAACAUGACGUGCAGGGCCAACCUCACUCAGGCUGGGUUAUUGAUCGAUCGGGAGUUCCUGCCCGACCUAGACUAGAUUCCGCAGGCGUUGCGUGCCACGUCAUCACACUGUGCAGUCUUGGCAUCAGAUUGCUACAUCAUAUGAUGUGGUUAGCUGAUAUUAUGUUAUAGACCUAUCCAGACAUUGUAUGAUCUGGCAUACAUCUGCAAUGUAGUCGGGCGGGAACUCAAUUAUUUUAUACAUUUCUUGAGCAAUUCACUGGUGUUUUUAAAGGGAAAAAAUCCCCUCGUAAAUGUAUAUUUUGUUAUUUGUUUUCAUUAGUCCACUGUUGAUACGGUCCCAAAAUGUUUUACAUGUCACAUGCAAUGUGUCACAGUAAUGUGGCAUGUGACACAUUGCUUCUUGAAAGUCCAAUAUCUUGUAAACUUGACUGCUGACAUGUAAAACAUGUUGGGACCGUAUCAACAGUGGACUAAUAAAAUAUAUAUAUAUACAUUUGAGGGGAUUUUUUUCUCUCCCUUUUAACAGUAAAACACCAGCCCUGCACAAAAUAAGCUUAAUGAACUGUAUUGUUUGUCUCUGGGGUAUUCCGUUAAUUAAAAGGCUUUUAUAGGUAAUGUUUAUGUUAGAAUCACAGUCUGCUAAUUGCUUGUUAUUGCCCAACAGCUUUGUAUUUUUCUGGGUUUUGAAGCAUCGUGUGAUUUCUGAUGUUCUGGCGUUGCCAGCAUAGCACUUUAACAAGCCCAGUUCUUUCCAUGUACACUGUUCCACCCGCUGCUCUGAAGCAUCAUUUCAUUUGGUAAUGGACUGUCUAUGAUGUUAAGUGUCAUCUGUCCUGUGACUUUUAUUUGGGAAUAAUUCCCAGUCUCCAGUGUACCUGUUUUUGUGUGAAAAGCUUUUAGCAUCAACAUAGACGAUCAGGCUUUUAUUGGUGGCUCGAAAAUAAUGUCCCAAAUCACAUUUGGAGUCAUCAGAGCUUGCAUUAGUACAUAGUUCAUGUAGUGUCAUCGCUAUAUAUAGCACUAAACACUGUCAAUGUUUUAGGAUUUUUUUUUAUUGUUGUGACAUUGCUAAAGGGGUAGACUAGUCUUUUGCUUUGGAAACUAAAGAAUAUUGUCUUUUUUAACAGGUUUUCCUACUGUGUUACUGUAUCCUACAUCCAUUUCACUCAUCUUAUUUCACAAUAGGAUUGAAAGAUAUAUUACCUCAGAAAUGGUCUGUGUUUCAUACGUUCACCCCAAGUAGACCUGGUGCACUUUAGUGUUAAGUCUGAGACUGGCUGGGUCAUUAGCAGUGGAAGAGUGAGGCUAUAGUCAGAUCUGAGAUUGUGUGUUUCUCUGAGAUAUACAGUACAAUCUUUGGGGGAAAUCAUUUGAAGUUCUCCUUAUGAGCUAUUGUAUUGAAUGUGCACUCUUAUUUUCUUUCUUUAAUUGUCCAAUUAUUUGUUCUAUGUGUAAUGGGAUCUAUACCCAAGAUGGUUGAGUUCUAUAAUAUCUGUACCUGAAAAGGUAUUUUCCCUCCUUAAAUGCCUUGUAUGGGGAUAAAACAGCAAUCAAUAUUAAUAGCUGUAGCUAGUUAGAUCAAUUAUCUUUAAUGGCAAUAGUAGCAACAUCACUGUUCUUCAGUACAGAUCCAUUUUCACUCCCACCAUACUGAAUAAAAACCAAAUGACUCUAUAUUAAAACAGCAUGGAGAACAACUGA